UGUCGAGAACCCACUCAAGCAAAAAAAAGUAUAACAUUAAAUUCCCGAAUCAGAGUUCUUAAAUAUCAUUUUUUUUUUGGCCCGGCAAGAACUAUUUAUCAACUACCUUUGUUGAUAACAUACCAGUUCGAAUCCACCCGCGAGACGACCAGACCGUCUCUUCUCGUCCGUCUUCAUCAUGUCGAGGCCGCUAUCCCCUUUGACGCCUUUGAAACAAAACCAAAGUCAGAACAUGCGGCUAUUUUCGCCAGCAACCUCCGAUAAGUCGGUAAUCGUGCAAAGAGGCAUGGAUGCCGCCAUCGAUCUGGACGAUUACAAAGAGAACGUUUAUUCGAGUCCCUCUGACGAGUUCGAUGCGAAUGAGGUGGAUGCAGGUACGCCAGUGGAUUGGAAGUUGGAGAAUAAUUCGGAUUCUUCGCGGAGAUCAUCUGGGCUUGGUGAGCUUACUUCGACUUCGAGAAAGCGGUCGUAUGAUUUUCAGGGAUUGGAUGGGAGCUCAGAUGAGAGGACCAGAAAGAGCGUUAAUAGGGGGGAGAGCCCAAUUAUCGAUAUCUACAGAGAUAAUGACGAUGACACCAGACAUGAAGAGGGGCUAGCGGACGACAGCGCCAGGCAGGAGAUGGGAAGCAGCAUGGUGGAGGAUAACCAAGAGGGGAGCAUAAGCACUGUUUUCCACGAGGCUGCUUCUGAUAGCAAAGAGGAAGCAGGGCGCAACUCCAAUUCCGACGAUGACGAUAUGAGCGAUGACUUCCAGGAUCCUAUGGAUGAAACUCACCUUAGUACCUUUUCUGCUAUUCCGGACAUGACGACGUUUGCGCAGCUACGAGAGUCGUCGACGAAUAUGCUUGGGCGAGAUGAUCGAUCUAGUCCAACUCGACAUGAAGGUUUAGCAAACAAUAGCAUUGGAUCGACGAUCCCAGGAACCGUCAGAGAGACAUACAGAACAGGCGCUCUGUUAGAUGGUAGCUCUCCUGUCGUGUCCCCUACGCCCCGAAGGGCUAGAGAUUCGAUGAGGCAAGUUGAAACUGGAAACUUGCUGGACUUUACAGACCAGAUAAAUUUCACACCGCGUCAGUCUUACAGUAUGCAGAAUGCUCUACGUUCCCCAAUUCGGAGGUCGCCAUUCAAGGUCGGACGACCAUCCAGGUCCCCUACAAAGUUCUCGCUGCUUGAUUUUGACAUUCCUCCGGCACCGACUCCAAGGUCCAUUCCUUCUGUCACGCCUCGCGAAUUGGAGUCUUUGAAAUCUGGAUUUCUCUCUGAAAUAUCUUCAUUAAAAGCUACGCUGAGCGGAAAGGAGGCUGAAGUGACAAGCCUUAAGCAGUCAGUCGCGGAUGCAGAGAGGCGCGUUGGGGAAGCUCUGGAGGGAGUCAGAACGGAGUCUGCUCGCAGGGAAACGCUGGAGAUGGAGCAAGCCGAGUGGAUGCAAAGAAGCAAAGAGAUGGAGACCGUUUUACGAAACAUCAAGGCUGAUAUGAUCGAUGGGGAGCGGGAAAGGGAACGGUUGAGAAAGAAAGCAGAAGAGUCGGAAAAGGCCAAAGAGCAGUUGGAGGGUAAAGUCGUGGAACUCAACAGUCAACUCUCGGCAGCGCGGAAGUCGGAAGCUAGUGGAAACAGUGGUCCCAGUGGAAAUGCUUCCGGCAUAAAGACGGCUGAGGAGACUGCAAACGAAGUCCAGGAUGCUGUCGAAAGAGUCGCCCGGGAGCUGCAUAUGCUGUACAAAGGCAAACACGAGACCAAAGUAGCCGCCUUGAAGAAGAGCUACGAGGCACGCUGGGAGAAGCGUGUUCGCGAAGCCGAGAGCAAGUUGAAAGCCGCCCUUGCGGAGAAUGAGACCUUAAAGGCAGAGCUAGACGCUGCUUCGUCUAAGACCGCAGACCCUAACUCUAGCAUGUUCAUUCAGGCAAAUGAGGAGCAGGCAGCGGAGAAGCGUGUGCUGGAAGCACAAAUCAAAGGCCUCGAGCAAGAACUAGCCUCCGUGAAGGAGGAUAGUGAGCGCGUACGUGCGGAGUUGAAGAUGGAGAGGGCGGAGAAGGGCGAGCUUGUCGCGGCCGUUGACGAGUGGUUGGCUAUGCAGCAGAACCAGCCACCAGCCCAGCAGGAACAAGCGUCUCAAAGGAACUCCGAGCCUUCUAGUCCGCAGGAACAGAAACCGCAAGAAUCAGAGACGACAGCCACCGAGCCCGAGCAGCAGCCAGACAACAACUUCCGUCGAAGUGUCAGCCGCGGGGGUGUAAGUGGCAUACGGCCACCAAGCGGCAGCAUUUCGAAUGGAGAGAAGAAGAUACCGAAAUAUGGCGGAACUCCUGGACGCCCAUAUGCCAGAACAAACAGCGGGGGAAAGUCUGGGAUUGCGGUCUUCACUCCGGGCCGGGGUGGGAUCAUGAGCUCGAUCGAGCGUAUGGGCCGGGGUGUAUGAGGUUGGGACCUAUGGAGUAGGCAAUUUUUGUUUGUUUUCGGUUCUUGUUGGUGUUGGACAUUGCUGCUACUGGUUCGUUCAUGAUAUCCAUGCCAUGCCUAGGCGUUUUAAGACGGAGUGUAUUAGUUGCCAAGAGGACAAGUCUCCUUUGAUACGAUUCAUGAGUUCGGGUGUUGAAUUCGAGUUCCUUUUCAGUUGUUAGUAGGCAUUGCAGCUCGCUUGCUCUAUUGCUUUUCGUAGUUAGAGUUGGCUUGAAACCCCGCCACAAUUUAUUUACCUUUUGAGAUUGAUGCAUCAGUCGGAUUGAGCUGUACAGUAGCGUAGAAGGAUUAUUGGAUCCGAUGUACGGAGUAUAUGUACCCUGCAGCUGGAAGACCGAGC